UCUGGUGAAAAUGCCUGUUUUUGCAGUGCCCCUGAAGACAGAAAAGCCACAAAAAAAGGAUUGUGAGGUUUUUAAUGGCUGGUCUGAUGGUCAGCCUCAGUACAGCACUGCUCCCUGCACACACACGCUCCCCUUCAUCUGCAGAAUGAGCAAAGACUAUUAUCUGAAGAAGAAGGACCUGAGAGAAUCUCUAACGCUCAACCCAAGCCCCUUCAUGCAAAGCGCCAUGCAGUAUGGCGUGACUGCAGACAGUGUGCUCUCUGAUACUGUAGAUGUGCAGGGUUGGGCCUCUGUGUCCCGUCUGUUGAACGUGUCUGAGCAGGCUGUUUUAAAGAAGCAGGAGCAGCUGGAGGACAGGGACAUGUUCUUUCUCAUGCAUGUUCUCUCUCGGGCCGCUGACCUGCCCAGCACCGCCAACCAUAGUCAGCGUGAAGUGGAGAGCCUCGGCCAGAGCUUCAUCACCAUUGCAGAUUCACUCAUCAGCCAAGACAAUGUCAGUAAAUGGAACAGCAUCAAAGAGGUAGUGAAGGGCCCAAUGGCAGUCAUACAGAGUGUCGAACGCAUGGUGAGCAACCUUAACUUUCUACUGAUGGACGACACAGAGAGUGUGCAGAUACGCUCCGACAAAAUCAAGCUGCAAGUCCAAAAGAAGCUGCUUUCUAAAGGUUCUCAGGUUUCUGUGUUUUGUGGACCGGAUGCAGGAGAUCGUGACUGCAUCUCUGUCUCAGCAGAAAACAUGAAGGAACUGCAAAACAGAGGCAUCAAAAAUGUGACUUUACUGAAUACAUGGUACAGCUCUGUGAAUUGUGUCUCAGAGAGAGAGGAAAACAUUAGCCUUUCUCCUAAAGUCAGUGAUGGAUCUCAUAGUAGUUUGCGCACAGUCUUGGUCUCAUCGGUCAUCUCCAGUACAGUGCUGGCAGAUGGAAAGCUGAUCAACAUGGCCGUAAACUUCACACUCCAGCACCGGAUUCAGAACAGUUCACAGAAUUUGACACCUGUCUGUUCUUUUUGGGAUUUUGACCUGAUGCCAGAUGGGGGAGGGUGGUCAACAAAGGGUUGCACCUUUAUUUCCUCUCGAAAUAACUCAACUUCCUGUUUCUGUAACCACACUACCAACUUUGCCUUGCUGUUACAGAUCUACGAUGUUCAGAGCUAUGAACAGGAGACAGGCCUGCAGAUCUUCAGUUUGAUUGGCUCUUUUGUGUCUCUGUGUGGUCUUGUCUUCACAUUAAUUCUCUUUGUGGCUGUUGGUGUUCCCAAAUCAGAUCGGACCACAGUUCACAAAAACCUGGUGGUGGCGCUCGCUGUAGCUCAGCUCUUGCUUAUUUUCAGCGACUGGGCUGAGGGCAACCAGGAAGUCUGCUGGCUGGUGACGGUGCUGCUGCAUCUGUUCUUCCUGUCGUCUUUCUGCUGGAUGCUGGUGGAGGGCUUGCUGCUCUGGAGUAAAGUGGUCUCUGUGAACAUCAGCGAGGACAGGAGAAUGAAGCUGUACUAUGUGCUGGGCUGGGGGCUGCCGGUUGUUAUAGUCGUAGUAACCUUGUCAGCCACUUUGGAUCAGUAUAAAGCACAGCAGUACUGCUGGCUGAACCUUCAGUCGCAUGUUAUUUGGGCUUUUGCAGGGCCUGUGCUCUUUGUUUUGGCUGUCAACGCUGUGGUGCUUUUUCGGGUGGUUAUGGUCACAGUGGCCAGUGCACGUCGCAGAGCCAAAAUGCUGACACCCAGUUCUUGA